AUGAGUGGAAGCAGCUCACCGGACUACAAAGCGCUUUUUCACAAGGAGGCCUCGCUGAGGCGGCAGGCAGAGGAACGAGAGAGGCAGGAAGCCGAGCUGAGACGACAGGAAGUCGAGCUGAGACGGCUAGCAGAGGAACGCAACCGACCGACAACAUUUCCAGAGUUCAUCCGACAUUGCCAUGAUCUCCUUUGGACGCCGCUCCGAGCCCAAACACCGUCUCGCUCCACGACUGGCAAAAUCCCUGCCCCCAUCGGAAAAUACUGUCCUGUACGACUGCUUCCGUGGACUGGCUGUGAAGCUAGGCAGCAGGAAAUUUACAGAUCUGUCUACCGUUACCUACAACCGGCCGGAGAAGAUGCACCGCAAUUAUUCACGUCCCUUGUUGCGUUGGAAGACCAUGGUCGACGAUUCGCACGCCGACCGAUUAGCAGCGAACAAGACCUCGAAACCUACGAGCGACUCGCCGUCGAAGAUCAUGUGCACGACAUAGUUGCUGAGUUGUGCAAGAUACCCGAAGCCCGCGAAGAGUUUCGGUUAGGCAACGGAGUGCGGUUCGAUAAUCACGCCAAUGCUUUGGAUAAAGAUGAUGAAGCCGAUGCUAGCCUGCCCUCAACCUCUAGACCUUCGAAGCCAGAUCAAUUUUGCAUUCAUCGAAUGGACGGCAAUAGGAGUACUCUGCUCACCACGGUCGAAUACAAACCCCCCCACAAGCUCUCCGUGGCCAGUCUGCGGAGGGGACUUAGGCCGAUGGAUUUCUGGCGCGAAGUUGUCCAACCUGAUCGUGUGCCGACGGAAGAGCCAGAAAAAUCAAGAUAUCACGCCGAGCGGCUGGUUGGGUCAGCCAUCGUACAAGAAUUCAACGUGAUGAUUCAAGAGGGUCUGGAGUAUUCAUAUUUGACGAAUGGCCUGUUGGACGUGCAACUCUGGGUGCCCUACGACGACCCAACCACCCUUUAUUACCACCUGGGCGAUCCCGGUAUAUACGAGAUGGCGGGUGUUGCAGGGCCUGGAAUCCCGAGGACUCGAAUCGAGAGGGCCCUGUGUCUCUGUCUGAUGAGUUUUCGUACUCCUCUUCGUGACCAGGCGUGGCGGAAUGUCGCCAAAGACGGUCUACCAAAAUGGCAUUCGAUCCUUGAUAGCGAUCGCGCUCAGAUCGUAGUAGUGGAAUUACUACGGGGCCUGGACGUGGAAGAUGCUAAUUCCGAAUCCACGAGUCCUGAGCAGUCAACCUCUGAGUACCUCACAUCCUCGUCUCCCAUCACCAGCGACCCUCGAGUGACCACCCGAGCGGCCGCUAGCUGCGCGCCACUAUCCAGUCCCCGUCACCGCGAGAGUUCUUCGGAUUCCGAGGCCGACCCUACCGCAUCCGCGGGACGGAAGCGGGGAUACAGUCAAGUUAAAUCGUCCCCUCCAACCCAACGGUCCGCCCCGCGAGCGGAUCGCCAAGGGAACCAAAGCGGGCAAUCUCGCUCCCACGAUGCGCCGUAUUGCACACAAAAGUGUCUUCUCGGGCUACAGCAAGGCGGCACGGUUGACCCUGGGUGCCCCAACACGGAGCUGCAUAUCCUCGGUGGAAAGGCGGACUGCCACCCGAUCAGUGCAGCUGACUUGGUGAAAAAGCUGAAGGUGCAGCUUGAUCUGGAUCUGGAUCAUAACUGCACUCCCAUCGGCCCUUGUGGGUCCUCCGGCGCACCAUUCAAGAUUACGUGUGCCACCUUCGGAUAUACGGUUGUCGGGAAGGGGACGACUUCAAAACUCUGGGGGGAGGUCUCGCCUGAAGCCGACAUCUACCGGGUCCUCCAGCGUGCCCAAGGAUCAGCCGUUCCCGUCUUUCUCGGCGCCAUCAAUCUCGCCCAGACUUACUUCCUCCACGGCGCUGGAAGGAUCCGUCAUAUGCUUCUAAUGGGCUGGGGUGGUGAGAGCGUGGGCCAUACUACUUUAGAAAAGACCAUUCGGGAUGCGAUUUCCCGGUCGGUGAAGGAGAUACGUCGUUGCGGCGUUGUUCAUCAGGAUCUUCGUCCGGACAACAUCCUGUGGAACGCUGAGCUCGAACGAGCUCUGAUCAUUGACUUCCAUCUGUGCACUUUAGACCGUCGACCGCAGCACAGACGGUCGCAGGCUCUCAAACGAUUACGACGUGACUCUAAGGAACAUCACUCAAAGCGGGUGCGGGUAGUAUGA